AUGGUAAUAAAUGAAGAUGUCCAUUUUGAUGAGCUUCUGUCCGUGCUAGUGCCUCUGGCAACGAAUGCUGCCCUGCAGCUCAAUUCCAGCUAUGUUGCCGGGGAGGUUUUUGAAAGUAUCGAAACCAUCAACGGCAGCGAUUUAUACAUUUAUAACGGCAAGGAACUGGACUUGGAAUCAUCUCCAACGUCGGUGACACCCACAACAAUGCGUGGUACGAUUGAUAGCAAUGAGGAAACGGUCUCAACCGUAAUACGAUCGGCUGGAGCUGCAACGACUCCGAUGACACUAUCGAAAAGAAACGUAUCGCGCAUAAUUGCAGAUGUACCCAUUUGGGUGAUACCCUGCUAUAGUAUCAUUCUACUCUGCGCUGUGAUUGGCAAUUUGCUGGUGGUGCUCACUCUGGUUCAGAAUCGCCGCAUGCGUACCAUUACCAAUGUCUUUCUACUCAAUCUGGCCAUCUCUGAUAUACUGUUGGGUGUGCUCUGCAUGCCCGUGACUCUAACUAACACUCUCCUACGCAACUUCAUCUUCGGUGAAUUCCUCUGUAAACUCAUUCAAUUCGCUCAAGCCGCAUCGGUAGCUGUCUCCUCAUGGACUCUGGUAGCUAUAUCCUGCGAACGCUACUAUGCUAUCUGUCAUCCACUAAGAUCUCGCACAUGGCAGACCAUUAAUCAUGCUAACAAGAUUAUUGCAUUCAUAUGGUUGGGAAGUCUCCUAUGCAUGACACCAAUUGCGGUUUUCAGCCAGCUUAUGCCAACAAGUCGUCAAGGACUUCGCAAGUGCCGAGAGCAGUGGCCAGCCGGUUUCAUUGGCUACGAGCUAUGGUAUAACAUCUUCUUGGUCUUAGCCCUGCUCGUUCUGCCACUGCUGGCGUUAAUUUUAGCUUAUCUCUUUAUCACACGAACUCUUUACGUGAGCAUGCGCAACGAGCGGGCCAUGAAUUUUGGCAACAGCAGCCCCGACGUCGGCCUAUCCAGUGGCAGCAGCAAUAAUAAAAGCUUCAAUGCUCCACGUAGACCCUAUGGCAAUUCAAAUCAAGUGCAGCGUGGUUCAGAGCCCAUGGAAAUUGAUAGUGCAGCCCAAUUGGAUUUCCUCCAACAGCAACAGUUUGGAGCACCCCAAUACUAUUAUGGUAAGUUUAUGUGA